AUGCCCAAAAAGCAGCUUCUGUAUGUGUUCAAAUGUGUCGAACGUUCAUAUUCCAGCGGGAAAUUGCAAGCAGAGGCUGCUAGAGGCAAGAGGAAGGCUCAGACGCAGACCAAUAGCGCAGGAACAGACGACGAAGAUGAGGGCCGUUGCCGUUCUCUCCCUGUAGUACAUCACGACGAGAUUAUAUAUCCCCCAUACACAGCGGACAUAUACAAAGAACACCCAGACGUCACCGCCCUUACCUUGGAGGCCGUUGCGAAGGUUCGCGAUUCCUUGCAGCUCCACACUACGGGCAAACAGGCGCCCCGUCCAAUUGCAUCCUUCAUCCACUUGAAGGAUUCCGUUCCGAAGGGUCUGUGGACGGCUCUGCAACGACGCGACUAUCGCCUUCCCACUGCUGUGCAGGCGGCGGCCAUCCCGGCUCUCUUAAAGGGCAGAGACUGUUUAGCUGUGGCACAGACAGGCAGCGGAAAGACCGCCGCCUACCUCAUUCCGGUCUUGACGCGCGUCGUCAGUCUAAAGGAAAAGGACCAAUGGACCACUUGCCAAGCAUCGUUUAAAGACCCGUCGAAGCAAUCCCCAGCGAAGGAGCAACGGGCAGGGCCCUCAGCUAUCAUAAUAUGCCCCACCCGGGAGCUGGCGGUACAAGUGGACGGGGAGAUCCACAGCUUUUCUCGAGGGGGAGCGGAGUUGGAUGUGAGUCGGCUGUUGAUGGCCGGAGGCUUCGACAAGACUGAACAGUUUCGAGCGCUAAGACGAGGUCCCGAUGUUGUGGUCUGCAACCCAGGACGCAUGAUCGACGUGUGCAGCCUCAAAGGUCUCGGCGGUAUUUUCCACAAAGUUGUCAUGGCGGUCGUUGAUGAGGCUGAUAAGAUGGUUCAAAUGGGCUUCGAGAGCCAGCUGAGAGAUGUCCUCUCUUCCCUCAGGCCGGACAGGGUCACAUGCAUGUUCAGCGCUACCAUGCCCCGCAAGUGCGAGGCCCUUGCCAACAAAUUUCUUCGUAACCCGAUUCGAAUUGUCGUCGGUGAGGGAGGACAGGCGGCGCAAACGGUUCACCAAAGGGUCCAGAUACUUGAGGGGGAGCAGGCGAAAUUCGACUGGCUCUCUAAGAACUUGCUAGGGCUGCUGGCGUUGUCACAGCAGCCGGAGAAGCAGCAGCAGCAGUGCGGCCCACGGCCGCCGCCUACAACUGUGGCGGAAGCAGCUGCAGCAGGAGGCGUCGUCUUUUGUAACUCGCAGCAGAGAGUGGAAGACUUAGCCUUCCUGCAGCACAGAGCACAGCAACAACAGAGGCCGCCGCAGCGCCAGCCGAGGACGCCGCGUCGCGAGCAGCAGCUGCGCGUCUUCUAG